GUUGUUAUAUCUGAACAGAUUGAUACUGCACAGUAGUUCCAUAAGAUGAUUUUAUUCAAAGAAUUGUCUCGUUGUGCAGAAUCAUUAAAUCAAUUAUUACCUUUAGAAGAACAAUUAUCCCCUUUGUCUAUUACUUUUAAACCAAUUUUGGAACAAAAAGUUAAAAAAAAUUCUCAAACAAAUGAUGAAGAAUUGGGGUGGACAAGAGAUAAUGAAGGGAGAAGUUUUUUGGCUGGAAGAGUAAAUGAAUGUAGAGUUGUUGACAGUGAUUGUUUUUAA